CGUUGUCAAGAACAAUAGCCUAUCGAUGUCGUGUGCCGCUCGCUCUUCCCGGUAUGUCACAUACCACCACAUCGUGUCACUUUGACUAUCUACAUGCCGAACAAGCGGUAAACCCUGUUUUAUCAUUUACACUUCGAUAAACAAUUUCCUGACCAGUUGGCAUGCCUUUGUCGUCUUAAAAGCAGUAACUCAUGAAGGUCUAAGCAAGGCGGCGAUGCGAACGUUCGGUGUCCGUAACGAAUGGUUACCGUAGCUUGGAACAGUAUUACUAGCAUCCCCUGGGCAUCAAUGUUCAGCCAUGAUCAUGAGGAAUAUGAGGCUUCUGGUUUGUAUCCUAAUAAUAGCCUACAUGAGGCAAUACCGCUGCUGCAUCAUCAUGUCCUCAAGCUCUGCGCAGGGCACUGACGAGACAGCUUUUACCCGUGCGAUGGAUUCCUAUGUCACCCCCUACUUCAAGCAUACACAUAUCGCGGAGUCGCCCAUAUGGCAGGUGUUAAGUCACUUGCUCGUGUGGCGGUGGUCUUGGGUCAUUUUGAUAAAUGGUCGGUCACCGGUCCCGGUCAAUGGCGACAGGCUUAACUGAUGUAAGGACCGUCGACGGACGUCGUCUCGAACAACACUCGGCCUAUUCAUAACUUUUCCAUGGGCGUCAUAUUCUCUACAGUACAUGUAUUUCGGAUACUAUACGGUCCUCCGACUGAGUGUUACUUAUCCUGCAUUAUGUAUCACUGUUCGUGAUUGAUUACACGUUCAGGCUGAAAGUGCAUUCAGUCAUGGUAAAUUCACUGUCCUGCACCCCGGGGUCGAAUGCAGGGCGGUCGAUAUAGAUGAAAGUGAGCACAUAAGCGCAACGAGCGAACCAGUAACACACGUCGGAGUAAUGAGACCUGUAGGAUUCGGGCGGACGAUCGAGAACAAGGAUCCGGACAUG